AUGUCGAUCUCAAUAGAAGCUCUAGCAAUGGCGGGCACAGACCACAUCGAAUGGGGUAUGAGUUUUGCAGAAUGGGAACGCAUGGACAUUGGCCCACCUCCACCAUAUUUAUAUGAUGAAGAAGAUUGUGAUUUUGAACAACAUCAUGAAGAAGAUAAGGAAGUUGUAGAGCUGAAGCAGAUAGAUAGUUCUUAUCAUUCUCAAGACGUUUUGAUUAAAGGAAUAGAAAUGGCUAUAAUGAUUGUUGGAAUCAAUCCCAAACAGCUUGUGGUAGAUGAUGAAAUUCAAAUGCAGGAAAGGCCAAGAUGCGUUUAG